AUGAGGCUGCUCACCUGGCUGAUUUUCCUGGCCCACUGGGGAGGUGCCAGGGCUGAACCAGGGAAGUUCUGGCAUAUCACUGACCUGCACCUUGACCCUGACCACAAGGUACCCAAAUACCCCUUCCAGGUGUGCCCAUCAACUGGAUUCCAGUCAGUGCCCAACGCAGGCCCCUGGGGUGACUACCUCUGUGAUUCUCCCUGGGCCCUCAUCAGCUCCUCCAUCUAUGCCAUGAAGGAGAUUGAGCCAGAGCCAGACUUCAUUCUCUGGACUGGUGAUGACAUGCCUCACGUGCCCGAUGAGAAACUUGGAGAGGCAGCUGUACUGGAAAUUGUGAAAUGCCUGACCAAGCUCAUCAGAGAGGUCUUUCUAGAUACUAAAGUCUAUGCUGCUUUGGGAAAUCAUGACUUUCACCCCAAAAACCAGUUCCCAGCUGGAAUUAACAAGAUCGACAAUCAGAUAGCAAAACUAUGGAAAUCCUGGCUUAGUAACGAGUCCAUUGCUCUCUUCAAAAAAGGUGCCUUCUACUCUGAGAAGCUGCCAGGUCCCAGCAGGGCUGGGCAAAUUGUGGUGCUCAACACCAAUCUGUACUACAGCAAUGAGCUGACAGCAGACAUGGUGGACCCUGGCCAGCAAUUCCAGUGGCUGGAAGACGUGCUGACCAAUGCCUCCAAAGCUGGGGACAUGGUGUACAUUGUUGGCCACGUGCCCCCAGGGUUCUUUGAGAAGACACAAAACAAGGCAUGGUUCCAGGAGGGCUUCAACGAAAAAUACCUGACGGUGCUCUGGAAGCAUGGUCGCGCCAUAGCAGGGCAGUUCUUCAGGCACCACCACACGGACAGCUUUCGGAUGCUCUAUGAUGACGCAGGUGCCCCCAUAAGCGCCAUGUUCAUCACACCUGGAGUCACCCCAUGGAAAACCACAUUACCCGGCGUGAUCAAUGGGGCUAACAAUCCAGUCAUCCGGGUGUUUGAAUAUGACUGAGCCACACUGAGCCUGAAGGACAUGGCGACCUACUUCAUGAACCUGAGCCAGGCGAAUGCUCAGGGGAUGCGGUGCUGGGAGCUCGAGUACCAGCUGACUAAAGCCUACUGGGUUCCCCACGCCAGUGCCCACUCUCUGCAGGCAGUGUUGGACCGCAUCACUGGUGACCAGGGCGCACUACAGCACUACUACGUUUAUAACUCAGUCAGCUACUAUGCUGGGGUCUGCGACGAGCAGCACGUGUGUGCCAUGCGCCAGGUGGACGUUGCCUCCUACACCACCUGUCUGUAUACCUCUGGGACCACACCCGCGCCGCAGCUCCGGCUGCUGCUGAUGGCCCUGCUGGGCCUGUGCACGCUCGUGCUGUGA